UCCAGGCAGGUUUUUGUUAACAAGAAAAAAGAGUUUGAUGUGGACACCCUCAGUAAAUCAGAGCUCCGGAUGCUCCUCAGCGUGAUGGAAGGGGAGCUGGAGGCCAGAGACCUGGUCAUCGAGGCCCUGCGGGCUCGCAGGAAGGAGGUAUUUAUCCAGGAACGGUAUGGGAGAUUUAAUCUGAAUGACCCAUUCUUGGCACUGCAGAGAGACUAUGAGGCAGGUGCCGGCGAGAAAGAGAAGAAGCCAGUUUGUACCAACCCCCUCUCCAUCCUUGAAGCGGUCAUGGCCCACUGCAGAAAGAUGCAGGAGAGGAUGUCCACGCAGCUGGCUGCUGCUGAAAGCCGACAAAAGAAGCUGGAGAUGGAGAAGCUGCAGCUGCAGGCGCUGGAGCAGGAGCACAAGAAGCUGGCGGCCCGCCUGGAGGAGGAGCGCGGCAAGAACAAGCACGUGGUGCUGAUGCUGGUCAAGGAGUGCAAGCAGCUGUCGGGCAAGGUCAUCGAGGAGGCGCGCAAGCUGGACGCCGCCGUGUCCCAGCUGGAGGAGGAGCGGGCGCGCGGCCGGGCCCUGCAGGAGGAGCUGGGCGCCGAGCGGCGGAGGGGCGCAGACCUGGAGGCGCACCUGGAGAAGCAGCUGUCGGACUCGGACACGGAGCGCGAGCAGCUGCGCGCCCGGCUGCACCGCGAGGAGGCGCUGGCCGCGGGGCUGCGGGACGAGCUGGAGCGGCUGCGCCGGGCGCUGGAGCAGCUGCGCAGGCCGGGCCUCGCGCCCCCGCGGAAGGCCAGGGACCAGGCCAGGGACCAGGCCAGGGACCAGGCCAAGGACCGCCGCUCGCCCCCGCCCGCCCCCGCCCCCGCCCCCUGCCACGCCGCCUGCCAGACCGACGCGCCGCCCGACGACCCCGCCCGCCGCCCGCCGCUGCCCCUGCCCGCCCGCCCGUGCCCCGGGGCGCCAGGGGGCCGCGGGCCCGGGUGCCCCUCCCAGCCGGCCGCCCCCCGAGCGCCAGGCGGCCCCCCCCGGGGACCUGGCGGCCGCGCCCCCCGCCGCCCCCCGCCGCCCGCAGGUGCCAUCGCCCCCCAGGGCCCCGCGCCCCCCGCAGGUGCCAUCGCCCCCCAGGGCCCCGCGCCCCCCGCGCCCCCCGCAGGUGCCGCCGCCCCCCAGGGCCCCGCGCCGCCGCCGCCCGCGCCCGCGCCCGCCUCCCACCCGCCGGGCACCAGCGCCGCCUUCCCCCCGGGGCCCAACCCGCGCGUCCAGGCCGCCAGAUUCCGAUUCCAGGCCAGCGCCAACGACCCGGACCAGAACGGGAACACCACGCAGAGCCCCCCGUCCAGGGACGUGUCUCCCACGAGUCGUGACAACCUCGUGGCCAAACAGCUGGCCCGGAACACGGUGACCCAGGCGCUGUCGAGGUUCACGGGCCCCCAGGCAGGGCCGCCCCCCAGGCCCGCGGGGGGCCCCGGCGGCGACGUGGGCAUCGGCACCGGCACCGGCACCUGCCCUCCCGUCGGUCGGACCAGCCUAAAGACUCCCGGGGUAGCCCGAGUCGACAGAGGAAACCCUCCUCCCAUCCCUCCAAAAAAGCCAGGGCUCUCCCAGACUCCUUCUCCGCCACACCCCCAGCUCAAGGUCCUCCUGGAUAGCAGGGCCCCCAGCGCAGGGGCCAAAGUUGAUAACAAAACUCUGGCUUCGCCUCCUUCCAGUGGGCCACAAGGGAACAGGGUAAUAAGUGAGGAGACUCUCCCUAAGUCAUCUUCCCCUCAGCUGCCACCAAAACCGUCCAUAGAUUUAACUGUGGCACCGGCAGGCUGUGCCGUUGCGGCCCUGGCCACGUCUCAGGUGGGUGCCCGGCCUGCUGAAACCCCUGGACCGAACCAACCUGCAUGUUCAGAGCGUUCCCUUGUCAUUCCCACCACCAUUGCCUUUUGCUCUUCCAUAAACCCUGUUAGUGCCUCAUCCUGUAGAGCAGGUGCCUCAGACAGCCUCCUGGUAACAGCAUCAGCCUUUUGACCAAGGAAGAAUUCAGAAAAUUUUCCAUGCUAUAUGCAGCCGACUUCACACACUUAACAGAUUCUCUUCUAAAGCUGCUAAAUACUGAUGAGAGAAAUAUCUAACUAUG